AUGGGCAGCAGCAUAUGCCGUGCCCACCCCAGAUUAUUCCGGGUGGGCAAUUCAUUCAGCCUCAACCUGUAUAUCCAGUCACUCCGCCACAACCUAUACAGCCAGUCAUUCCGCCUCAGCCUGUACAUCCAGUCACUCCGCCUCAGCCUGUACAGCCAGUCAUUCCGCCUCAGCCUGUACAUCCAGUCACUCCGCCUCAGCCUGUACAGCCAGUCAUUCCACCUCAGCCUGUACAGCCAGUCAUUCCGCCACAACCUAUACAGCCAGUCAUUCCGCCACAACCUAUACAGCCAGUCAUUCAGCCUCAACCUGUAUAUCCAGUCACUCCACCACAACCUAUACAGCCAGUCACUCCACCACAACCUGCACCCCCACAGACCUGUGCUAUUUGUCCUCAAGGACCUGCUGGUCCGCAAGGGCCACAGGGGUCUCCAGGGCCUCAAGGACAGCAAGGACCUCAAGGACAGCAAGGACCUCAAGGACAGCAAGGACCUCAAGGACAGCAAGGACCUCAAGGGCAGCAAGGACAGCAAGGGCCCUAUUGGGCUUCCUUGUACUUCAGGGUGUGCCGAAUCAACUUCAGGAACAGGGCAAAAUCAAGACCCACAUCCUGGAGGCAUCGCCAAAGGAAAUGACGCAAAGUUUCAAGAGACUGUACCUCCUGCGAGUGGAAAUGGAAUUGCCAAUGGAAAUGACGCAAGUUUUGAUCCAAACGUGGCCAUUCCCGCUGUCCAAAAUGGAAUUGCCAAUGACAAGGAUCCAGCAUUUGAGAAUUACAUACCGCCAGUGGCAGAGAAUGGAAUCGCCAGUGGAGAUAAUGCAAAGUACGAUGACAAUGUGCCUCAGCCUACUGACCACACGGGUAUUGCGAAAGGGGAGGGUGCAAGCCUCGAGAACACUGUGCCUAAGCCCGUGGUCAAUUGA